AUGGCGGCGACCAGUAAAGCCUCGUCCGAGGAUCGCCAAUCCGCGCCGACCCCCGAGGAGAAGACUCGACUUACGGAGGAGGAGAAGAAGAUGAACCACAUCGCCUCUGAACAAAAACGAAGGCAAGCCAUCCGCGACGGCUUCGAUAGAUUAACCGAGCUCGUCCCUGGUCUUGAAGGUCAAGGCCGCUCAGAGGGCCUUGUGCUUCAGCGCACUAUCCAGUUUAUGCGCGACCAACUCGCCGAAAAUCAGCGCAUGGUGGAGGAGAUUGAGCGACGCGGUGGUGAGGUCCCGGAAAGGCUUAAGCUCUACAAAACUCAGGUGAAGAGCGAGGAUUAG